AUGAGGGGAUACAUCAUAUGGGCUAUCGGCUUCACGUCCAACCGGUCUGCUCUUCCCGUUCACUCGUCCGCACCUUUUCCACUUGCUCAGCCUCGCUGCGGGUGGUCAGGUGGUCAGACGCGCAGCAUGUUUCGUCGGUGGCGUUCUGCUGACUUUGGGUCAGGCUCUGGUCCGCGACUUCUUCUCCUUGAUUUUAUUCUAUUCUCCAAAUCUCCUCCAGUUUUGCCCGACUCCCAAGCCGCUGCUCCCGCGGCCCAACGGAACAUCGGAGCUGCUGAGGUCAACGAGCCGCCAUAUAUGCUCCAGCUCAGGACAGAACUCGAGGGUUCCAUAAAGGAGCUGCAGGGUGUCGUCCAAGCCUGCGUAGUUGAUAAGACAGUGAAUCCAAGACUUUGGCGGGUGAGGUGGCCACAGAAAAAGAAGAAGAUCGAUAGACUUCAUAAUUUCGUCAUGGGCCAAGCCACUCGCAAACAGGGGGGGCUACUCGUCAACAUACAUGCCCAUGUCCAGGAGUCUACUGUCAUCCUAACCGCUACUGCGGAAGCCGCACGUCGUGGCAGUGGAGCUCACGAUACUUUAACCGAUGACAAGGACUUUAAGAAUAAUGCGGUUGCCAGUUGCGGUCCUCGGCAGCAACGUCAAACGGACGUCGAAGUUGCGGUCCUCGGACUCGUCCAAAGCACGCCCCCCGUCAACGAUCAGAAUAGUGCAUGGCACGCUCGCAUGAUAUUAUACCGUGGAAGCCAUACGCUGUCAGACGACCAAGCGCACUGCCUCAAGGCCAUCAUUCAGUUGGCGGAUGCGGAUGACGAUGACGAGGUUUCGGAGCUCUUCGACGCGAUCAGUCAGCCCGAACAUCUCGACCGCAUGCUCGCAGAGAAGCCACAGCUUCUCCAUACCACUGGACCAACAGGAUCUACUAUCCUCCACCUCGCCUGUCAGUUGAACGACUUCAAUGUUGUGCAUACGCUCCUGCGCCAUGGUGCAAAACUCGAAGUCAGAAACCACUGGCGCCGCACCCCGCUCCAUAUCGCGGUCGCCACCGGGGCCUUCGGGUGUGCGCAGCUGCUGCUCGGGAAGCGCAGCGACGUCAACGCAAGCGACAGGUGGCCAUAUACACCAUUGUUCUACGUCGCGUGGCAUAGUUAUGCAGCGAGCGUUGGCCUGGUGAAAGACCUUCUAGCUAUCCAUGUCCUGUGCGUAUUGGGAAAUCGACAUCCAGAUGGCGAAGCUGCAGAUAAUACUCGUGGCGGGCGGGUGGCGGUUGAUGGAGUCCCGCGAUAUUUGGGGCGUACGCCACUGCUCAACGCCGUGUUGAGGGGGAAUGAUACCGCAGCGAGCCUACUUCUCGAGCACGGGGCGCGCGCCGAUGUCAUUGACAAAAACGGCGGCAACAUCCUGUAUCAGGCUGGCGACAGCCCAAACUUGGCGGUGAUCAAUGCGCUACGUACGGCCCACCAGAAGAUCGAUCUCGAUAUCCGCACUACGAAGUCAACCCAAAGGGCAGAUACGCCCUUGAGCUGGUUUCGGUGGCAGCUAGUGUGCAGCCCGGAAGAAGCGCUUCCUGACUGGGUGCGGCCGGGGGCAGUGGAGACGGCGGCAUUUGAGGCGCUCCUAAGAGAGGUGAGAGACACCGUCCUUCAAAGGGAGAUCACGAAGAUAGAGAUAGUUGUCGCGAUGCUCAGGGAAGGUGAUUUACAGGAGGUGAGGGAAGAGCUGAGGUGGUUGGUUGAGAGGAAAGUGAGAGAUAAGAUCGAGUGGGAGGGCGAGACUUUCAGGGCUAUUGACUUGGAUGUCAGGGCUGGAAGGAUCGAGCUUGCUAUUGAGAGUCUGGAUGAGUAUGUGCCUGUGGCGAGGGAUAGGAUGAAGGUCUCGCCGUUUGACGAGGAGAAGGACCCUUUUGUUGACACGGAUGAGGAUAGUGGAUCUGAAGGCGAGAGCGAUCGGUCUAUCGUGGAGAUCGACUCCGAGGACGAAAGGUCUGUAGGAUAUGAGGCGGACGACGCUGGUGGAAUCGAGGGUGCUGAUCACGAGAAUUGUGGCGAUGGCGACGAUGAUAGUGACGCAGGUUGGCGCACGGCAGAUGAGGAAUAG